AAAGAAGAGAAACUACUAUAUAGUUGAUUUUUUAGAUUUUAUUGUAAAUAUUUUGAAAUAUGUUCGGAAGUUAUCACGCACUAUUAGAAUUUUAAUUUUAAUGAAAAAAGAAAUUGUUUCAUAAAAUGGCUACGAUAGACGGUCGUCCCGCACAAUAUGGAAUUACUGUAAAACAGCUACGUGACCUUAUGGAGCUCAGGGGUCCAGAUGGAAUAGCAGAAAUUACAAAAUAUGGUGGGACACAAGAAAUAUGUAAGAAAUUGUAUACAUCGCCCAGCGAAGGACUCAGUGGAUCACAAGUAGACAUCCAACAUAGAAAAGAAACUUUUGGAUCAAAUUCAGUUCCUCCAAAACCAUCUAAAACAUUUGUGCAAUUGGUAUGGGAAGCUUUACAGGACGUUACCCUUAUCAUUCUAGAAGUAGCAGCCAUAGUGUCUUUAUUACUUUCCUUUUAUCAACCAGAAACGGAAGAAUCAAAAUUUGACGAUGACGAAACGAAUCACGGAUGGAUAGAAGGCUCAGCAAUUUUAAUUUCAGUAAUAGUAGUAGUAUUCGUAACAGCCUUCAAUGAUUAUACGAAAGAGAGACAAUUCAGAGGGUUGCAGAAUCGAAUAGAAGGAGAACACAAAUUUGCCGUAAUUAGGCAAGGAGAAGUUAAGCAAAUCUCCGUCAGUGAUAUAGUUGUAGGGGAUAUUUGCCAAAUCAGAUAUGGGGAUCUUUUACCAGCUGACGGGAUUAUCAUUCAAUCGAAUGAUUUGAAAAUAGACGAGUCCUCACUGACAGGUGAAUCAGAUCAUGUCAGAAAAGGCAAAACCUUCGAUCCAAUGUUACUUUCCGGUACUCAUGUUAUGGAGGGCUCUGGAAAGAUGCUGGUUACCGCCGUUGGUGUAAACUCGCAGGCCGGUAUUAUUCUCACUCUCCUGGGAGCUGCUGUCAAUGAACAAGAGGCCGAAGUAAAAAACAAGAAGAAAGAAGCUAAACAACAGAUAAAGAAGAAAAGUUCACCAGGUAAUGAAGAAAACGGGACAGACAACUCGCCCACAACUUCCCAAGGUGGCAAGGAAAACGUUCAAUCCACGAAAACAUCAUCCAAAAGUCCCAUGAAGGAAAAGUCUGUUCUCCAAGCGAAACUCACCAAACUUGCUAUCCAAAUCGGUUAUGCCGGUUCCACAAUAGCAGUUAUAACAGUUGUUAUAUUAGUUAUACAGUUUUGUAUCAAAACGUUCGUUAUCGAUGAGGAAAAAUGGAAAAACUCGUACGUUAAUUAUCUGGUACGCCACUUUAUUAUUGGUGUCACCGUACUUGUUGUUGCUGUGCCUGAAGGAUUACCCUUAGCUGUUACUAUAUCUUUAGCUUACAGCGUUAAGAAAAUGAUGAAAGACAACAAUUUGGUGAGGCAUUUGGAUGCCUGUGAAACUAUGGGUAAUGCCACUGCAAUCUGUUCCGAUAAAACCGGUACUCUAACAACAAAUCGAAUGACUGUUGUUCAGUCAUACAUUUGCGAACAGCUUUGUAAAAUAAUGCCGAAAUUUUCUAAUAUUCCCAGUUACGUCGGCAAUCUCAUCGUACAAGGAAUCGCCGUCAACUGCGCUUAUACGACACGUAUUAUACCUCCAGACGACGGAAACGACCUACCAAAACAAGUUGGUAACAAAACGGAAUGCGCGCUGUUGGGAUUCGUACAGGGUCUAGGUAAGAACUACCAAACUGUGCGAGAUAAUUACCCAGAAGAGAGUUUCACUCGAGUGUACACCUUCAACUCAGUGAGGAAGUCCAUGAGCACAGUCAUUCGUAGAGAGGGUGGCGGUUACCGGUUAUUCACGAAAGGAGCUUCAGAAAUAAUAUUGAAUAAGUGUGCCUUCAUCUACGGCCAGGACGGUCGCCUGCAACAAUUCACAAGAGACAUGCAGGAAAGAUUACUGAAACAAGUGAUUGAACCGAUGGCUUGCGACGGUCUGAGAACCAUCAGCAUCGCUUUCAAGGAUUUUGUACCGGGAAAAGCAGAAGCUAAUCAAGUACAUUAUGAUAAAGAACCGAACUGGAACGACGAAGACAAUAUAGUAAAUAAUUUAACUUGUUUAUGUGUGGUUGGAAUCGAAGAUCCUGUCAGGCCUGAAGUACCAGAAGCCAUAAGGAAGUGUCAGAAAGCAGGUAUCACCGUCAGAAUGGUCACUGGUGACAACUUGAACACCGCCAGGUCGAUAGCAAUCAAAUGCGGGAUCAUUAAACCUAAUGAAGACUUUCUUAUUUUGGAGGGUAAAGAGUUCAACAAGAUGAUCAGGGAUAGUGAAGGCGAGGUUCAGCAACACCUCCUCGACAAAGUCUGGCCUAAAUUGCGUGUCCUUGCUAGAUCUUCCCCAACUGACAAAUACACAUUAGUGAAGGGCAUUAUCGAUAGUAAGAUUAGCGAUAACAGGGAAGUUGUUGCAGUUACCGGCGAUGGUACGAAUGAUGGACCCGCCUUGAAAAAAGCUGACGUUGGUUUUGCCAUGGGUAUCGCCGGUACUGAUGUAGCCAAGGAAGCGUCCGACAUUAUUCUGACUGACGACAAUUUCAGUAGUAUUGUGAAAGCAGUUAUGUGGGGUAGAAACGUUUAUGACAGUAUAGCCAAAUUCUUACAAUUUCAGCUUACUGUCAAUGUUGUUGCUGUUACCGUAGCUUUCAUUGGUGCUUGCGCUGUACAGGACAGUCCGCUGAAGGCUGUACAAAUGUUGUGGGUGAAUUUGAUAAUGGACACCUUAGCUUCUUUAGCUUUGGCUACUGAAAUGCCCACCGGAGAUUUGCUACUUAGAAAACCGUAUGGCAGAACAAAACCGUUGAUUUCAAGAACGAUGAUGAAAAAUAUUUUAGGACAAGCGAUCUAUCAAUUAGUGGUUAUAUUUGGAUUGCUUUUCGUAGGCGACAAAUUUCUAGAUAUAAAGUCUGGAAGAGGAGCUGAAAUUGGUCAAGGACCAACUCAACAUUUCACCGUUAUUUUCAAUACUUUCGUUAUGAUGACUUUUUUUAAUGAAUUCAACGCGAGAAAAAUCCACGGCCAGAGGAAUAUAUUCGAGGGAAUUUUCACAAACCCUAUUUUCUACUCCAUAUGGGUUGGAACGUGUCUGUCACAGAUUUUCAUCGUCGAAUAUGGUAAAAUAGCGUUCGCUACCAAGAGCCUGACGCUAGAGCAAUGGAUGUGGUGUAUCUUUUUCGGAAUCGGAACACUCGUUUGGGGACAACUCAUCACCACGGUGCCGACUCGCAAAAUUCCAAUGAUCCUUUCUUGGGGCCGAGGUCAUCCAGAGGAGUACACGGAAGCUAUUAAUAUUGGCGAAGAGAAAUUCGACUUGGACUCUGACAAAAAACCUCGUACUGGCCAAAUAUUGUGGAUCAGAGGUCUGACAAGAUUGCAAACGCAGGUGAUAGGUGGUGAAUUACAAGAACGUUUGAUUCCAGUUCCAUACAGCAAGAGCUCGACUGACCAAGCUGUGGGGCAAAAUCACAUCCGAGUAGUUAAUGCUUUCCGACAGGGCCUAGAUGCUCGGUAUGGUGAGCACAGCAAUACCUCAUUAGCCGAGGUUCUCCGCAAACAGACAUCCCUAUCUAAAAGGUUGUCUCAAACUUCUUCCAUUGAAUACGCUGAUAACAUCCCAGAUGAAUUGACGAUACCGGAGAUAGACGUUGAGCGAUUGUCCUCACAUAGCCACACGGAGACAGCUGUUUAGCUUCCUGUCCAACACCAAAUAGUCCUACUGCUAUCGUGUACUCUGCCUGUUCCUGCUCUGCCUCGAUCCUACUAUCAACCUAGCGACAUACUCGGCUAUUCCAUUAGUUUCCGAACUCCCCGUUCACGCACCACAGUCGUAGUCGAGAGCACGUAAUUGAACAGUCCUUACUGCUGCUGUGGUUGUGAAGUAGAGCACUUUCGGGUGGGUAAUUCGACCAGACUUGACUCCACAUACUAUAAUCGCUCUCGAUAAUCGCAGUCGCCGCGUAAGCUCCUGAAAUUCGUUGAUUUGUUAUUUAGUGGUUUUGUUUUGUACAAUCGAAAAACAGGAUGCCGUGCUGUCGAUAUGGACUAAAAGAUUAGCAAUAAAUGAGUGUCUGAGGGUUCACUCAUAGCGUUAAAUUAGGUGCCUAGAUGGGAUUCUUCUCAGAGUGGGAAUCUCACAUAACGAGGGCGCGCGGAUUCCUUCUGACCGCGCUUCUUCGCGAGGUUGUUACACAACAGUACUCAGUGUAGUCAGUUCGCACGUCCUCGUUCCCUCUCGCGGCCUGCCGCCCCAAGUCGCUUCCUUCCAUCGGGGACGGCUGCCCGCCUUAUUUUUAACAGUAGAGAUCAGAUGUUGUUUGCCAAAUGUCUGGGGAGAAGCAGUAAAUGUUCACACGCUAAUGAUAUUUACAUAAUUCAUAUUGUAACCAUAUGCAAAGUACUGCCUCUCCCCAUUUUCAUUAUAUUGUAACCUAGGUCUAAAUAUACAGUAGGUAGAUUGAAGUCUAAUUUAGAGAACACAAAUUAUACAUAUAUAAUGUAAUAUAAAUACGAUAUGAAUUAUAUGUACCCAUAUUUCUGUACGUAGGUAUAAAGUAUAUCGUAUAAGGUGCUAAGUGCUAUUGCUGCACGAUGAUCCACCAGUUACUUUGUUUUAUACAUGUGUACUUCAUUAUUGAAAGCAGUGAAUAUUAUUUAAACUUAGUACAUAUUUAAUAGUCUGUGUAUAAUGGCGUGCCAGACCAACAGGCUGCGACCAUCUGAACUAGUUUCUUAUUGCGGAAAUGGUACUUGGAUCUCCUCAUCACUGCUAUUUCGGCCUUGUUCAAUUUUGACCUACCUACAGUCACCACAAUUUCACUCGAGUUAACAGAGGCUUACGGCCUAUGAUAAUGGCAUUCCACCGAUCUUUCUUCAUUCAAGUGGACCCAAAAGAAAUCAUUAGUUUAUAUAUCUCGAUUCAUAUAUUCAGUUCAGGCGUCUCAGGUUCCCGUAGAAAAAUCAAUACUUACGUUUGACUGAAAACUAGUAUGACGUUUGUACGGACAGUAAUUGACAUGAAUGUUCAAAGAGUGACUUUUUUAUCAUAACUGUUACCAUUUUUAUCAAUACUUAUCAUGUUAUAUUUAAUUAUAUUAUAUUUCAAUCGAAGUAUUUGCGUGUAGCUUGGAAGUGGCCUGUUUUUCUGGCCCCUUCACGCACACCUUUAUACACUACUCCAUAUCGGAUUCAUGAAUUGAUUGGAACAUGUUGCCAAAUCAGUAGCGUAGAAUAAGGUAGGUUCUUCGAUUGUCUCCAAUUGUAAGACGCGACAUGUUCCCACUUAUAAUUUUAGAAACAAAUGUUUCACUUUUUUUACAAUAUCGGAGUAUUAUGUUUUGGUAAUUUGGCUUGUGUACAGCCUCGAAGAAAACUUUUUACAAUCUACCUCAUGUUAAUAUAUUUAUUUAUUCAAGACACCACUGAAAAUUGUGUAGUUUUACUAGUAUGGGCGACGCUUCGAAAAGCAACUGCGACCCAAAUAUGUUCGUUAGUCGUCUUCCAAUUUGCGACGUGCAUCCUUCGAACAAUCUAAACGAUAAAUCCUUAUGGCGAAAGGCACACAUUCGCCUUGGAUUUUGGUAGUUAUUUCAUUUUUCUAGACUUGGCAAUAUGUUCCUGUGAUAGCUGGAUCUGCUAGCGUGGUGAUGUCGUCACUAAUCUGUACCAAUCUAGUCGAUCACAUACACACAUUUAUAUGUAAUUGUCGGAUUGUUGUCGAAUUGCCCCGGCAGAGCGGUUGCGGUCAAAGUGAUCCUACUCCAUCAUGACACCUUUGGUUCCCCUCGGGGGGUAAAAAAAUAUUACGCUUCGGAGUCUUACAUUUGAAUUUCAUUCAAGCACCCUCAUUUCCAUAUAUAACUAAAUUUAAUAAUAUUCAUUUUAUAUAAAUCAACUUUUUUGUGGUACAAUUUUAUCCAUUAAAUUUCAGAUUUAACGCUUUCCUUUGCAAGGACAUCUGAAAAUGUAGCUUGUUUUAGUUUGUUAAAAAAAUGUUGAUGAAAAGGACUGCAGAUGGAGUAGAUUUGCUCGACCCCUUGUCACUUACCUAUUGUAACUAGUAGUAUAAUUUGAUUAUGUUAUUUCCUCUAUUUAUCUGUGGUUUGUCACAACCUACUCAUCAACUCCAUUACAUGUCUAGUUGAUCAACGAACCCAUUCAUGGUAUGAUAAGUAGUUAUAAUAUAGUUGUACAAUACAUCUUGAUACACGAUUCGGUUUCUUUUCCAGCCUCACAAAAUUCACAAUUAUUUGAAGAUGGGGUGUUGUUAUAAUAUUGAGUAAUGUAUGGUAUGAACAUUAGUGUCGGUGAGAUGCUACUCUCGACUAGCAUUUGCUCGCCACCACUGUCACAAAGAUAUAAAAUACUGCAAAAAACUCCCAAUUACUCAUGCCAAAGUUUGUGACAUGGCAUUUCAGUUGAAUGUUGUUAUUCGUAAUUUAUAAUAUUACAAUAUUAAAUCGUUAAUUUGUUAUAGUUGUUAUUUUAUAUAAUAUAGAGUCGCCUUUGCUCUAGUGUUACUGGCCCACUAGUGGAGAGUGAAAUCGAGUAUGGUCGUGAACGACCAUCCC